AUGAAUAGCACAGCUCACCAGGUCAUCAAGUGCAGAGUAGAGGUUCGUUCCUCUUCUCCCGUUGGUUAGUGUUUCAUUGUUUUGUUGUGUCAAGCAGACAGAGCAAUGUUUCCCCCCAUUUUCUGGGGGCACAUAGAUUCUUCCUGUCUUCGCGAAGCCCUGAGGGGGACGGAAAUUACCUUUCGUGGGUGGAUGUCCCGCUCGGAAGUUCUUCUCCUUCUUAGCCAAAGCUGCAAAUUUGUCCUUACUUCUCUGGCCUGAUGUUGCAGCUGCGGUUGCCUGGGAGGCGGGGAAGCCGCUGGUUAUCGAAGAGGUGGAGGUAGCUCCACCGCAGGCCAUGGAGGUGCGCGUGAAGAUCCUCUUCACCUCCCUCUGCCACACUGACGUCUACUUCUGGGAGGCCAAGGUACGGUUUUCCUCCAUAAUAUCUCCAGCAGACGGCGACCACCUGAAGGUCUCUCGGUCGAUCGAUCGCGGUGAUUGACGUGGGCGGUGAUUGACGUGGUCUGGUUUUGGUGGCAUUGCAGGGUCAGACACCCGUGUUCCCCCGAAUUUUGGGCCACGAAGCAGCAGGGUAUGCCCCCCCCCGCUCAAUUCCCUUCACAUCUUCGGUCUCCUUCCCAAAUAGUCUUCUUCUUCUUCAUCAUCAUCAGUCUCUCCAUAUGGACUUAAUUUCGGUGUAUUGGUGUUGAUGGUGAGCAGGAUCGUGGAGAGCGUGGGAGAAGGCGUGACGGAUCUGCAGCCGGGAGACCACGUGCUCCCGGUGUUCACGGGAGAGUGUAAGGAGUGUGACCACUGCAAAUCGGAGGAGAGCAACAUGUGCAGACUGAAGGAGCUGCUCCAGCUCCGCUGCUCGCUGUCUCCGGCGAACUCUCCAUCGAGAAACAUUUGCGUGUAAAUCACAGCCGCACAGCUCCUUGAGCGGCCGUUACUCUCAUCCUCUCUUCGCCUCUGAUUGGGCCCCUAAAUAGAGGGCUAAGUGGUUCUACGAAAAAUCAUCAACACAUUCGCGUAUUCAAUUUGGUGCAUUUUCUGUUCACUUCUUCCGUGUUCUUGUUUCUUUCUGAUUUCGGAAGUUCCUGGAGCGGUUUCUAGUUUUUCUGAAGCCAACAAGUGGUAUCAGAGCUCUUCGGUUCACGGGAUCAAGAGGAUGACGAAGAAGGGAGGCGAGAUGAGUACCUCCGGUGAGCGUGGAGUGGAGAUGGUGUCGCUGGCACUGUCUCUCAUGCUGUGGAAGAUGAAUUACCGCGUCUAGGUGAUGCGGAUGGUGGUAUUUCAUGAUUCUCAUGAAUUAUGGCAAGCAAUUGUAGGUGAGAAUGUCUCGAAGAAGAAUGAUUGUCUCGCUCUGUCUGUGAUUUUCGGAGCAGUUCAUGAGGAGACGAUAACGGUUCUUGACGCAAAGAAGACGAUUAAGGAGAGCUGGGAGAUUCUUCGUUCGCAGAAUCUUGGCGUGGAUAAAGUGAUUCAGUCAAUAAUUCAAAGCCUGAAACAUGAGUACGAAAUUCUCACGAUGUAGGUGAAACGAAAUUCACCAGUCUCGUCUUGGAACUCCAGAACAUAGGUGAGACGAUGGAAGAAAGAGAGGUGGUGCGACGACUUCUACGGGCGACGCCUUCAAAAUUCAAUGCACUCACCUUGUCUUUAGAGCAAUAUGGCGAUUUGGACAAAAUCAGCCUAAAUGAAGUAAUUGGUUCUCUGAGCGUCCACAAAUUGCAGCUCAAGGAGCUAGAAUCACAGGAAGAGGAGCAAGCAUUACUAGCGAGAGCAUUGAGCAAAGCCAAAUUCUUAAGUGAGAAGGAGGAGUCAUCUUGCGGAAGAGACAUAUAUUGUGGCCACAGCAGAGGCAGAGGCAAAGGCAGAGGCUGUGGCCAUGGUCGACGUCCACCUCUUGACGACGUGAAGAAGUAAUUUGAUAAAUCACAAAUUUAAUAUUACAAUUGCGAGAAGUAUUAACACUUUGCUUAUGAGUGUUGAAGUGCAAAGAAGGAGAAGGAAGAACGAGUUUAUGUGAGUAAUUCUUCUGCACCGACAGUAGAAUCUUUGCUUCUGAUGACAAUUGUGGAGGAACAUGAUGGCCUACUACUUUAGGGCUCCGAGAUGAUGCUCUCCGAUCCCAAUCUCUAGUAUCUUGCUACUAGAGCGACAGAUCAUAUGUCUGGCCGUCGAAAAUUCUUUAAGGACUUAGAUGAAACUGCAUUUGAAUUUGUCAAAUUCGAUGAUAAUUCAAAGGUUGAAAUUAAAGAUAGAGGUAAUAUUCUAAGUAAUCAGAAAGAUGGUAGACUGCUCUGGCUUCUUAAUGUCUUAUUUGUCCCUCAAUUGGUGACUAACAUUCUUACUCUCGGCUGCUUGUAUGAAGAAGGCUGUCGUAUGACAAUGUAUGGAGGUCAGUUGAUUAUUUUUGAUUGUGAUGGUCGUCUAUUUACUGAAGUUCAAAGAUUCGAAUGUACACUGUACUUACUGAAAUUGAAUGUGGUGGAUCAGUGUUUGUUUACCCAUUGACAACAAUUAUGAGAAAUAGUUGUGGCAUUCUCGAUUUGGACAUCUUAGUUUUCACCAUUUGAAAGAGAUGACUAGUAAGUAUAUCAUGGAGGAACUUCCUCAUAUCAGAAUUCUUGUUCAUCUCUACAGUAAUUAUGUUGUUGUAAAGCAACACCGAUCACAAUUUCCUCAAGUCACCACAUUUAGAGCUUCUGAACCUCUAGAGCUUAUCUAUAUUGACAUUUGCAGGUCUAUUACACCACCCACCUUAAAGGGAAGUAGAUAUUUCUUCCUAAUUAUCCAUGAUUACUCUUAUCUAACGUGGGUGGCUAUGUUGAAGUAAAAAUUCGAUGCAUUUGCUACAUUUAAGCAAUUCAAUACUCUAAUAAAGACAAAGACGGGUGUGAAGAUCAAGAACUUCAUAUCAGACUGAGGAGGAGAAGUUACAUUUGAUAAAUUUGACAAUUAUUGUGUCUCAAAAGGCAUUAAGAGGCAAUUAAUGUCCCCUUACCUCAACAGAAUAGAGUGAUGGAGAGAAAAAACCAGAUUGUGAUGUCCAUGGUCCAAAGCAUGUUGAAGGCAAAUGAGCUGCCUCGAGAGCUGUGGGGAGAAACAGUAAGCACUGUUAUUUACAUCUGUAAUCACUCAUUUACUAAAAGUCUAUAAGGAUUGACUCCUUACGAGAAGUAGAUCCGGAGAAAGUCCCACAUUGAUCACUUGAGAGUCUUUGACUCAAUUGUCUAUAUGAAAUGCACUAGAGGAUCACAGAGCAAGUUGGAAGACCAAAGUUAACUUAUGAUCUUCAUUGGAUAUGAGGUGGGCUCCAAGGCCUACAAAUGCUAUAACCGGAUUAAUGGCAAAGUCAACAUCAAUCAAGAUGUCAUUUCUGAAGAAAAUUGUAAGUGAGAUUGGACAAAGAAAGGUAAUUUUUUUUACUAAUUAUACUUUCUUACCUGAUUUUCUAUCUAAUUAGGGUAUGAAAGAAGACUCUGAUGCCGAAGUUGAAGAUAUGGAGGUGUUUGGAUCUCGAGAGGAGACUUCAAUCUCUUAGAGUGAGUUUGAAGAAAGUCAACUUCACAAAUACAAGUUUAUUACUGAAAUUUACUCAGAGACGACUUCAAUUCCACUAGAUCAUCAGGUUUGCUUGCUCACUUGUGAAGAACCAUUCUCAUACUCAGAAGCUUCUUGAGAGUAAGUAUGGAGGAGAGUCAUGAAAGAGGAAAUGUAAGUUAUUGACCAACUCAAACGUGAGAGUUGGUGUCACCCCCAUAUAAUUGUAAGCUAACUAGGCUAAAAUGGAUCUUCAAAGUCAAGAAGAACUCACAAUGAGAGAUCAUUAGACACAAAGCUUGGCUGGUUAUGAAGGGAUACUCACAGAUAUAUGGGAUUGACUAUGAAGAAGUAUUUGCCCCAGUGGUCCACUUUGAGUCUAUAAGAGCUCUAAUUACCUUAGCAGCUUUAAGAGGAUAGAUUCUUCAUCACCUUGAUGUUAAGUCGGCCUUCUUGAAUAGGGAGAUCGAAUAAAAAAUCUAUAUAAAGCAAUUUGACAGCUUCACUGUGGAGGGUAGAGAAGGCUCUGUUUUAUGAUUAAAAAGGCAUUGUAUGGUUUGAAGCAAGCUCUAAGGCUUAGUAUUUUGAACUCCACGAGUGUCUGACCUCUCUUGGAUUUACUAAGAACAAUCAUGAGCAAGUUCUUUAUCUCAAGAAAUUGGGUAAAGAAGUCUUAAUUAUCGAGGUUUAUGUUGAUGAUGUAAUAAUCACAGGUUCUACCUCUGAGUGCGUAGAAGACUUCACGACAAGGAUGAAGGAGAAAUUUGAAAUGAGUGAUUCUUGGAUCACUAAGUUCCUAUAUGGGACUCGAGAUCGUACAAAGCAAUGACUUCAUUUUUUUCUCUCAGAAGGGUUAUGCCUUAAAAAUAUUGGAGCAUGCAAGGAUGGAAGAUUGUAAUCUAGUGUUCACACCACUUGAAGCUUGAAUAGAUGCAGAUGAUUGGAAGAGCACCUCUGGUCACAUCUAUUUCCUCAGAAGCAUGGCCAUCAGCUGGUCAUCUCAUAAGUAGAAAAUAGUUGCCUAAUCCUCAUGCGAAGCUGAAUAUAUUGCAGCUACAGUAGCUACUUGCCAAGGUGUGUGGUUGAGUCGCCUGAUUAGUGAGAUGAAAGGGAAAAAAAAUGAAGUCAGUAAAAUUGAUGGUGGACAAUCAAUCAAUCAUUAUUCUGAGCAAGAAUCAUGUUCACCACAAUUGUGCAAAGCACAUUGACACAAGACCACAUUAUUCGUCAAUGUGUUGAGGACAAAAAGGUUGAAGUACAUUACGUCAAGACGGAGGAUCAAUUGACUGAUAUUCUCACUAAGGCACUUAGAAGUCAGAAGUUCAUAGAAAUGUGACAGCGUCUGAGUGUGCGAAAUCUUCUCACGGAGGAGCAAGAGCAAGGAGGAGAAUAAAGGAGCUGCUCCAGCUCCUUCGCUGCUCGCCGUCUCCGGCGAACUCUCCAUCGAGAAAUAUUUGGGUGUGAAUCACAGCCGAACAUCUCUUGGAGUUAUAACGGCGGAUAACCUGUCACGUGAGAUGCGGUGCCAGCUCUUUGAGCGGCCGUUACUCUCAUCCUCUCUUCGCCUCUGGUUGGGCCCCUAAAUAGAGGGCUAAGUGUUCGACGAAAACUCAUCAGCACAUUUCGUAUUCAAUUUGGUGCAUUUUUUGUUCACUUCUUCCGUGUUCUUGUUUCUUUCUGAUUUCGGAAGUUCCUGGAGCGGUUUCUGGUUUUUCCGAAGUCAACACAGAAUGCUGAGGGUCGACCCUGACGGGGUGUCAUGAUCGUGGACGGGAAGUCGAGGUUCUCCAUCAAUGGGAAGCCCAUCUACCACUUUCUCGGCACCUCCACUUUCAGCGAGUACACCGUGGUGCACGUGGGCUGCCUGGCGAAGAUAAACCCGCUGGCUCCCUUGGAAACAGUCUGCGUGCUCAGCUGCGGGAUCUCCACAGGUGCGGCCUUAUUCUUCUUCUGCCCAAUUUCUCUAGUUAAAAAGAAGAAGAAAGAGCAUAGCCUUGGAAGGUGUUCACACCAUUUUCGUCAUCCUCAAAAUUUGGAAAUCAGAUCUUUUCUUAAUACCAUAAACGUUUUUAUCAACUUUUUGAAGGUUUCGGCGCGACGGUGAAUGUGGCCAAACCAAAGAAGGGAUCAACAGAUUCUGUAUUCGGAUUGGGAGCCGUGGGCCUUGCCGUGUCUCCCUCUGUUCCUCUCUCUGUUACUCUGUAUUGUGGAUGGCUUUCGUUCUCUUCUUCCAAUUAGAUUAAAUGAUGAUAGGUUGAAUGGUAACAGGCUGCGGAGGGGGCGAGGGUCUCAGGAGCUUCAAGGAUCAUCGGUGUGGACUUGGACAGAUUCGAGCAAGGUGUCUGUCCAUUCUUUCAAAUCAAUUGGAUUUCGGCUGAUGAUAUGAACAACAGAGUUUAAGACAUUUGCAUCGUUUUUAUCACCAGCUAAGAAGUUCGGCGUGACAGAGUUUGUGAACCCAAAAGAUUACGACAGACCCGUUCAAGAGGUAUGUUUUCAUUUUCACACAAUUUUACAUUUCCGAGUUUAGCAUCGAACUGUUGACUGCGGUUUAUAAAAUGUGAAUCCUGUCGACUGUGAUGAACAGGUGAUCGCUGAGAUGACCGGCGGCGGAGUAGGCCGCAGCGUGGAGUGCACGGGCAACAUCAACGCCAUGAUUUCUGCAUUCGAAUGCGUCCACGAUGUACUUUCCCUUGAUAUCUCUGAGGCUUCAUAAACGGAAAUCUAACGUUUUUUGACGGUCUCAUAUAAUCUGGUUGACGUCACGGUCGCAGGGCUGGGGUGUGUGGGUGUGUUAGUCGGUGUACCUUACAUGGAUGACGUGUUCAAGACGUCCCCAGUAAAUUUCUUGUGUGAGCGGACCCUCAAGGGCACGUUCUAUGGGAACUAAAAACCUCGGGGUGAUAUCCCUGGUGUAGUGGAGAAGUACAUGGACAAGGUCAGGGGACUCGGUUUCGCCUUGCCGCAUUAGUUGUGAGAGGGGUUGAGCUAUCCUUGAGGGAGGUGUUCACUAAGAAACGUGGGGUGUGUUUCUAUGGUUGUUUGAUGGUGCAGGAGCUGGAGCUGGAGAAGUUCGUCACCCACGAGGUCCCCUUCUCCGAGAUCAACAAGGCCUUCGAUUUAAUGUUCAGGGGAGAAGGCCUCCGCUGCCUCGUCCGGAUGGAACACUGA